GGCCGCGGCUGGUGCAGCUCGUGCAGUGGGUGGGGGCGGGGCUGUCCCCCGACUCUCCCGGUGCGGGCGGACCUGGCGGGGGCCAUGCCUGGGCGGUGGUUACUUCUCAGGGCGAUGGCCCGCGGCCUCUCGGCGAGAGCGACCUGCGGCGGCGGGCGGCCGAAGAGAGCGCCCGGCUGGUUUGCAAUGGCUGGGGAGAUGAGAGCAAUGGCUGUCAGUCAGGCAAAAAGACUUAAGAGCAGCAAUGAGGAGACAGAAAACCAAGAGGAAAAUGGACACCAAGACAAAAGAUUCAAGAGAAGCCAAGAGGAUGCGGAGGAUCAGAAUAAAAAAUUUCCCAAAAGGAAGAUUGUGCUGUUGAUGGCAUAUUCUGGGAAAGGCUACCAUGGGAUGCAACGAAACGUGGGGUCCUCGCAAUUCAAGACGAUUGAGGAUGACUUAGUAUCUGCCCUCGUUCGGUCGGGGUGCAUCCCAGAAAACCACGGUGAAGAUAUGAAAAAAAUGUCCUUUCAGAGGUGUGCGCGAACAGACAAGGGCGUGUCUGCCGCUGGACAGAUUGUGUCAUUGAAGAUCUGGUUGAUAGAUGACGUUUUAGAAAAGAUCAAUAACUGUCUUCCUUCUCAUAUCAGAAUUCUGGGAUUGAAAAGAGUCACCGGGGGAUUCAGCUCCAAGAACAAAUGUGAUGCCAGAACCUACUUCUACAUGAUACCAACAUUUGCCUUUGCCCAUAAAGACCAUGAUAUCCAAGUUGAAACUUACCGACUGAGCAAAGAGACUCUUGAGAAAGUCAACAAGCUUCUUGCUUGCUACAAAGGGACCCAUAACUUCCACAACUUCACCUCUCAGAAGGGACCCAAAGACCCCAGUGCCAAACGGUACAUCAUGGAGAUGUACUGUGAAGAGCCCUUUGUGAGGGAAGGCAUGGAAUUUGCAGUGAUAAAAGUGAAAGGACAGAGUUUUAUGAUGCACCAAAUAAGGAAGAUGAUUGGUUUGGUGAUAGCUGUAGUGAAAGGCUAUGCACCGGAGUCCAUCAUGGAGCGCAGCUGGGGAGAAGAAAAGGUGGAUGUCCCCAAAGCUCCAGGGCUUGGGCUGGUCUUGGAAAAGGUGCACUUUGAAAAGUACAAUAGACGCUUUGGAAAUGACGGUUUACAUGAGCCACUGGAAUGGACAGAGGAGGAGGAGAAGAUCGCGGUUUUCAAAGAGCAACAUAUCUAUCCCACUAUUAUCAACACGGAAAGGGAGGAGCAAUCCAUGGUAAACUGGCUGAGCACCCUCUCCAUCCAUGACUUCAAUGCCACUUCUUCAGGGGUACAAGUCAACGACAGAAACUCAAAGAGCAACGAUCUUGAAGGCAGUGAUGGUUGUGACGAUGACUCUGACUGAGUCAGUAAAUAGCAGGAGCUGGGAUCUUUGCUGCUUGUGAUUCAGUUUGGGUAGAACUAAGUGGCCUUUCUAAAUCCAGCAAUCCAGUAAAGCAGAGGUUUUCUUGCAUGCUGAAAACGAGUAGUCACAGACGACCAAAAGGAACUGGGGGGGGAUAUAAUGCAGCAGUGACCCUGAAAGUGACUGUGUACACCACAACUGAUGCAUUGGAACGUGGAAUCCUUGAAAACUAAAAUAACAAAAAAUGUACUUUAUAAAGGAAUCUUGUUGUGCAGGAAUUGUUUUCAUUAUGUAAUUUGAAUUAUGUUUUUAUUCCAGUAAAAGUGCUUAUAUGAAACAUACAGAUAUUUAAACGUGUAAUCUCCACAUAAGGCAAGUGCAAAACAUUUUUAAAUAGAUUUUUUUCUUUUCAUUUUAUAGAUUGAAGACCUCUAUGUACUACUUUAAAAACCUCUUUAGUUUACAGAAUUUCUUCAUCUGUAGCUGCAGUGAUUGCCAGAAUUUGAGACUUUUUUGCAUACUAUCCAUGACUUUCACAUGCAAUUUGUUUGGGAUCAGAAAUCUGUUGUUAUACUGGUGGCCCUGAAUUCUCUGGCUAGAGACUUAAUUUUCUUUGCCAUCUUUAAGCUUGAGAAACUGUUCCUUUCAUGAAUGAGAUCUAAUUUUGGAAAGUGGGCUGGUAUGUGUGUAUCAGGGGAUAUGCUGAUCUUUUUAUUUUAAAGAUGUUACUAACAGCAGAUGGUUCCAAUGUGUUCUUAUACUUGGACAAUCCCAGAACAUAGAUUUAUAGCUGCCUAUGUAUGCAGGGUAUCUCCAGCCUAGGUAAUUGUUUCACAAACCCUUUAAUUAAGGUUAAACCACUUUGAACAUGUAAAGUACUGUUAUCACAAACUGCAAAGUACGAAACCUUAGAGGGGGUUCAGUACUGCCUGUGGUAGACGGCCAAUUAUAUUGCAGUUGGUUUGCCAUCCCUUGGACUUGCUAGGUAGCUCUCUGCUGCAUUUUGGCCUAAAUGUGUAAAAUGUAAGGUUCAAAUUUUCAGUAGGCUUCAAUCUAGCAUGCAGAAACUUUGCAUAUACAAAUCCUCAUUAUUCAUCUGACCAUUCAGAUGGGGGAGUUGUGUGCAAUAAUGUGGGAUUUGUAUGUGCUGUCGAGUAGGUGUGCAAAUACACACACAUGGUUUCAGAGGUUGCGGAUGAAAAUUUGGCCCAAAGCAUUUUCCCCUGGAUCUGUGUGCAGAAGAAGAGGAGACUAUGCCCCUAACUUAGAAAGAGUUUAGAGGGGAGAAUAUGCAACACAGCUUAAGAAACAGCUGCUUUUAACCAAGGCCUGAUGGCCUUUGUUCCUCCGUGAGCAACAUUUUAGUUUUCUGUGUUUUGGGCACAUGAAGCUGCUGAGGAUUUUUUUGGUCAGACUUUGGGCUUAAUUCACCAUCUGUGGGACCAACUUUCUUAGGGGAUGGGAGAGAGAAGUAGCGGUGGUGCAAGCCUCCCACAACCCUCAUACUUAUGAAGCCAGCUGGUGCCUUAGGGAUGGGAUGCCUAAAGGCAUCUCUACAUUACAGGGACUAUAAGGCAUAGCCACAGCACCAUAGUGUAGAUACAGCGACAGAAGGGGUUUUUCUGUCACUGUAGGGAUGCUGUAGGUAGGUUGACGGAAGCAUGCUUCUGUCAGUCUAGCUGCAUCUACACCAGGAGUUAGGUCAACAUAGUUACAGCACUCGGGUGUAGAUUUUUCACACCCCUGAUCAUCAUCGCUACGUCAACCUGCACUUUAAGCAAAGACCAGGCCUAGGAAACAUGCCGAUUGAGCCCUUUCCAGCUAAACUUCACCAGGAGGCUCAGAGCUGUGUAAAUUAAAGCUCCCUUCCUGGGCAGGACCCCGGGGGAGGGCAGUGGCAUCAGUGGCAGUGGAUGUAAAUUCCUACCGGUACAGCAGCCCCUGUGGAUUUGACACACAAACUACAGCACCUGUGGAUGUGAAUUAAGCCUAUGGUCUCCAUGAAUGUAAUACGGUUCUCUCUUUGAAGGACUGUCUCCUCUGUUCAGUUCUGUGAAACGUAUUAAAUGGUUUUUAUCUAAGGCCUCUGGACUUACGAUUCUGUCAGUCAUUUGUCCUUUUAUCUUUAUUAAUAAGUUGCUGCAGAUAUUAUGCUCUUGUGUUUCUUAGUGUUUUAAUUAGGGUUUUAAUUUUAUCUCCAGAAGGUCUUGAUCCAUAUUUUGUCUCGUAGGUAAAAGCAGGAUUGUGAGGGGUAUGUCUCAGUGUGCCUUUAGGAGAUGCUCUCUUCCCCUAGAUUUUCUUGUACAUCCCUCAAUAUUUUGUAUAACUUACAUCAUCGUUCUUAUCUCUUCCCUCUCUCUCUCUCUCUUUUGUUUUUUUAAUCAACCUCAAUCUGUGAGCAAAGUCUGGGUCAUUCUUAAUAAAAUAACUAUGGGAAUAUUGUCAACUCAAUGGGAAUUUCAUUUGUAACCUUUAGAGGAAACUGCCCUAGAUCAUUAAAAUUGAACAUUUUUACUUUA